AUGACCGUUGUUAGCCCCUUUCCGGGGAAAGCUGUUGUUUUCCAUCUGUCCGGAGACGCCGCAGAACAGGUCGAGACACCUAGUCAAAAGGAGACCACAUCCACACAGGCGUAUACACAGAAAAAUGACGGUACUUCUGCUUCCAGCCUUGACCUCUCUGCCGCCGACUCCAGCAAUGCGUCUGCGUCUUCCCUCGCCCAGCUGUGUCACUCCACGGGCCAGAUAGGUCAAGGAGCUCUGCCAGUCCAGGCCGGAAGUCGACAAGUCUGGGAGUCCUUAUGGCCCUCCUAUUAA